AUGCACUUUAUAAUUCAGAAUAUUGAGAAGACAGUUCUACUCUCUAAGUAUGUCAAUCUGCUUACUGCUGAGAUGGAACUCAAGACAGAAGAUCAGAAAAUGCAGGAUUUUAAGAUGCAGAUUAAUCUGACUGAGAGAGAGCAGCAGAAACUCUUCUCUGAGAAGGCAGCAGAGAGAGAUUUUAAGAUGAUUAUCAUCUCAGAUGAGAAGAAGAAGAAGAAGAAUAAGAAUAAGAAUUAUAAUCAAUUUGUGGUUCAGAAGAACGUACGACUGUCGGAUAAUAACACAGCCGCUUCCGAACUACUAGCGUACGCGUAUGAGUGUAAAGGGGCCAUAGCGGCCGCUAAUUAA